GAAAGCCUUAAAAAAAAGAAAGGCAAGGGGGGGGGGAAGAAGCCAGCAAGAGACUGAAAAGAGCAAGAGAAAGUGGCAGCUAAGAAGGACUGUGAAAUCACCUCCCCUUUCUGGGGCUGUCGAUCAGAGCGAGAGUUGUACAUUAUUCUUAUUGUUUUUCUUUCUACAUCUAUCUAUCCACACGCACACGCAGCGAGAGAGCCAAGUACAGACAGCGAAACUCGACGAGACCAGCCAUGGUAGCAAGGGCUCAGCCUGAUCGGAAACAAUUACCGCUGGUCCUACUGAGAUUGCUUUGCCUUCUCCCUACAGGGCUGCCAGUCCGCAGCGUGGAUUUUACCCGAGGUACCGAUAACAUCACCGUGAGGCAGGGGGACACAGCCAUCCUCAGGUGUUAUGUAGAAGACAGAAGCUCCAAGGUGGCCUGGUUAAACCGUUCCGGCAUCAUUUUUGCUGGAGAAGACAAGUGGUCCCUGGACCCUCGAGUAGAGCUGGAGAAGAGAAACCCCCUGGAAUACAGCCUGCGGAUCCAGAAAGUGGAUGUCUACGAUGAGGGGUCCUAUACGUGUUCAGUGCAGACACAGCAUCACCCCAAGACUUCCCAGGUUUACUUGAUUGUGCAAGUUCCACCAAAGAUCUCCAAUAUCUCCUCGGACAUCACCGUGAAUGAGGGCAGCAACGUGACCCUGGUUUGCAUGGCAAAUGGGCGUCCUGAGCCUGUCAUCACCUGGAGACACCUCACCCCAACAGGCAGAGAGUUUGAAGGCGAGGAAGAGUAUCUGGAGAUCCUAGGGAUCACGCGAGAGCAAUCGGGCAAGUACGAAUGCAAAGCUGCCAACGAGGUUGCUUCAGCAGACGUCAAGCAAGUCCGGGUCACUGUGAACUACCCUCCCACCAUCACAGAGUCCAAGAGCAAUGAAGCGGCCACGGGACGACAAGCCUUACUCCGGUGCGAGGCGUCAGCAGUCCCCACGCCUGAUUUCGAGUGGUACAGAGAUGAUACCAGGAUAAACAGUGCCAACGGCCUGGAGAUAAAGAGCACGGGAAGCCAGUCUCUGCUGAUGGUGGCCAACGUCACUGAGGAACACUACGGGAACUACACCUGCGUGGCUGCCAACAAGCUGGGAGUCACAAAUGCCAGCCUAUACCUUUACAAACGAGUUUUACCCACACUCCCCAAUCCUUUUCCAGGACCCGGCACAGGGAGAGUAGACAACGGCUCCAUGAGUUUGGCCGUCCCACUGUGGCUGCUGGCAGCAUCCCUGCUCUGCCUACUCAGCAAAUGUUAAUACAAAUCAGAAUUAAAAAUAAUAAUAAUAAUAAUAAUAAUAAUAAUUAAAAAAAAACCCAACACGACGACAACAACAACAACACACAAAACAAAAUGCGUUAUACAGGAGACAGAGCGAAGAGAGGGGAGAGAGAAAAAAGGGGGGGGGAGAGAGAGAGGACUGUUUCUUUCACAACUUUUGUGUGUUCAGGAGCGAAGAGGGGGGAGAGGAAAAAUUACAGCAAAGACGACUCAGCAACAUUUAAUCCGAAACCUGACAAGCCGGCUGUCAAGUCACCGACUGUCUAGGAGGCAAAACGAAGUGAGGGAGAGAAUGGGGCACCAGCAAGGACUGUGUCGCCGGAGGAUGCUGCAAUGUAAACAAUCCAACAAAACCCACAAAGCCAAUCGAACAGGAGAUCCCUUUUCUUUUCUCUCCUCCUUCCUCUUUUCCAUACUCCCUCACCUUCCUUCCUUCCUUCCUUCCUCCUCUUCCUUUCUUUUGCGGAAAGAGGUCUUUGCUUCAGUGUCUAUAGCCACUUUACUUUUUGGAUGCCCUGGGUCAUUUUUGUGAGCCGAUGCUCAGCCAGUUCAUAUUUUUGAAAACAACAACAAAAAAAAAAAAAGCAAAAAAAAGCCACAAACCAGAGCAAGCCACCUGAAGCUCUCUGCACACUGGUGUCCUGUGAAGAACCCCUUCCUCUCUUCACUUCAUCCUGCGCUCCUGCGCACCCAGCCCUUGCUAAACACCUUCUUUCCUGUCCCCUCCUUCAUGCAACAUCAUGCAAGCUGGCCUGAACUAAAGCUGUGUCAACUCUACUGAAAACAUACUUUCCUUUUCUUUUCUUUUAAUCCUCUUCCUCUCCCCCCCUCAAUUCGACCAGGUAUCUUUCUCCCGUGUAUGCCUGUGUGCGUGCAUGCAUGUGUGUAUGUGUGACUCUUGCUCCGUCUUCUCUCUCUUUCUCUUGCUCUCUGGAAGCAUGCAAAAGGAACAGUCCAUGUGUACAUAUGCUCAUCCUGCUGUAGAUAAUGUCCUGCCUUGUAAGUGUGAGACAAGAUGCUGAGAGAUCACUCAGGCAGAGAAGAGGGGUGAGGAGAGGGGAGCGGCUGCAACACAGGUUCCGUGGUGUCCCCUCUCCGGCGUCCUCACUGGCUUUUUGACUCCUGGCCACCUUGCUUGCAAGAGUCAGUCUGCACCCUUGCUUAGCCUUUUCUUCUCUCCCACCUGCAACCUGUCUGGCUCUCAGCCUUCAAGUACCAGCAUAGCAGCCCCUGCUACACGUUAGUGCUUGCACACGUGCAUGGGGGUGUGCGCACGUGUGCAUUUGUCCAAAUAAGCAGAAGAAACCAGGACUGGCCUGCAGCGCUACAGAGUGCGGCUGCCCACUCCUCCUGGGGAGAGGAGGCUGGGCCGGUGGGAUGUGAGUGAUGAGACCUUGGACAUCACCGAGCAGCCAUUCCUGUAGGUAUAGUGUGUGCGUAGGAGCGAUGCCUCAACGUGAAAAACCACAAUCUGGUCAUUCCUAACCAUUUUGGUAGUCAUGCAAAAAUAGAGCCAAUACCCUUUUUUGUUGUUGUUCUUUCUGUCCUCCCUGUUAUAAAAGGAAAUGUGUGCUGUGUAAGGGUGAGUGUGUGUGUGUGUGUGUGUAUUGUACACCACUGCUACUACAAAGCUCACUUUGCAAAUUCCACAUUUGAAACAAAUUAGGUCAGAAAAUGUCCGGGAUCUGCGAAUGUAAGAAAAAAACCAAAUGUCGGGUCCAAAAUUCUGGGCUUAUAAAGAAGGAGCUUAAGUGGUGCAGCAAAGAAGUAGGCAGCACAAUUCCCCUUGUGCUUCUCUUUUCUCAUCUGAAGGGUGCUGGUCUUGCUGCAGGGGGCUAUCGCUUGCCAUCACCCUUCCCAUGGCAGAAUCACAUGCAGAGAUGCCAACAGGAGAUGCUCUAGUGGCUCCCGAGUGAGGAGAAAGAGAGGGAGAGAAUAGGCUGUCAGAAACAGGGUUAAGAAAAUGCUGGGUGGUGGCUGGAACUCACCAUGCCAGCAACAGGUCUGCUGCAGGAGCCGGAGCCAGCAGUGGGAGAGGGGAAGCCAACAGUCGUACGCUCCAGUGCCUGCAGUGUGUGUGUAUGGACAGGAGCACUGGGGAGAAGACUCCUGUGUUUCCUGGCCAGUCACGAGCCCAAGCAUCCACGGCAGCAAAGAAGACAAAACACAGGGUUUAUCAAGUAGCCACUGGGUCUUUUAGUGGGAGGGAUGUGCAGGGAGGAACUUGAGUUAGCCCACACAAGUUGAGUGACCGUUCCACACCCGUACAGUGUUUUACAGGCACCAUUGAGCUGUCAAGCACCAGCAAGCUUGCUUUUCUGUCUUUGCCCUGUGAAUUGGAGCAGUAGCAGCAAGCUUGGCAGCCACGCUCGCAUGCUCUUGAAGGCAAGGGGGAAACAGCUUGGGCUUGCAGCCCUGCGGCGUGCGGGAGGGGAUACCCACCGGGCGGUCCCCCGCCGGGAAGGAAAGUGGGAAUUGCCGUCUGUGAGCCUGUCCCCAUCUUUGCAGAGCUGGGGCACGCUCCGCCAAGGCCUCUCCCUGCCGCUCAGCGCGGUGCUUUCACCUCGCACUGCGGCACUGCCAGCCCCUGCCUCCUCUCUGCUGAGCUCAGCUGUUUCGGGCAGCAGCAGGCAGGCAAUUAAGCAGGCAGGCAAGGGCUCUUCACAGGCAGCCAGAAUGAGCGAGGAAAUAUUAGAGAGAGAGGCAAGAGGCUGAAGUUCGGGUGAUGGCAGACUUGCUGUAGAACUGCUGUGGAUUUGGAGGGUGGUAAAUUACGCUCCCCCUGCUCCUCCAGGUCCCAAAGCCAUACGUGGGGGUGUUUGUGCCUUGGUGCAAGAGGGCAGAGCUGGGCAACUGGUGCCUGAAAUCCGCCCAAGGCAUUCAGGGACAGGUCCCCCCUUCCGAGAUAGGGCGGUCUUUGAAGGGACUUGUGCAUCUCCUUUGGAGACUGCUGUGCUGCGGCCCAGGAAAAAAAAUGCCCUGUAUCCUUCAGAGCAUUCAGACACCCCAGUCCUCGUGCCUACCUCUCCGGAGGGUUGUGUCAUUCGGUGUCUUAGUUACAACUCCAGAUUUCCUGCUGCAACGGGGCUCCUCAUCCCCUGGUACAGCCGUGAGCUGAUGCUGGUCCCAGGAGCCGGGGCUUGGAGCUGCACGGUCUCCAGCACACUGGCAUGAGGGAAAACGCUGCAUCACCGGCAUUUCUCAUUCUCAGGGCUGUACCUACGCCUGCGUUUAUUGUCGCAGGCUUGUUGCGAGAAGGUGGGCAGCCUGCAGUGACUUGCCGGCACAGGCUGUUCCUAAGGGCUGGGUCAAGCCCACCGUUUUUUUCUUUAGUUUGAGGCUUCUCUUUGAUGUCAACCUGGUUGCUGUUGUAAGGUCUGUCGUGCGUGUUGUCCUCUGCAUGUGUUUUUGUCGCUGUGGGGUCACUCCUAGGCACUGGUUUCGCACACAUCAGAGCCCUAUGGUGUGGUGGUGGUCACGAGUCCCGGCACCUCGUUGUCUCACAUCUUUCUUGGUUUGAAGUUUUGAGGGGAUAUUUUUGUAGAUGUCAAGGCACAGAGGCUUAUGUUUAAAGGGAAAUAUACUACUAAAAACAGGACACCCGUUUUUUGAAGCCAUCUGCCUAUUAGCUAGACAAAACAGCCACAACCCCGGCGCUGGGAUCUGGUCUUGCCUGCAGGACCUGGGCAGAUCCGUGCCUCCGUUGCGUGGCUGUGAAACAGGGUUAAAGCCAGUUAUUUGCAGACCUGUCUGAGAAAAGCCACAAAUACCAAGUAUGCCUGUUAUCUGCAGCAGUGCUGGGAGCCCCACUCCUGUCAAUGAUGUCUGUUCCUAGCAGGGCUGGGGGAGUUGUGGGUAGGCUGGAGCUUGAUUUACUCCGAGAAGCUGAUCCUGCAAGCUGCUGUGUGCGUCACGGGAUGCUGUGAACAUCCCCCUGUUUCCUCCUGAACUUGAGCAGGGAUCGCUCAAAGCAUCUGUCGAGAGGAGAGCCUGGAUGAACAUAGGAAACACAGGCAAAGUCAAACAAUUUUCUCCAUUCUCUUUCACCCCUCUGCCCUUUGACAGAGAAGUUGCAAAGGGUUUUCUCAUGUCUCAGGCCCUUUUCUCUGAAGCUGUUUCUCCUCCUCGCCUCUACUCUGUGUUCAUGUUGCUAUCUUCCCCAUCCCCUCCUGAAAAGCUGCGCUCUUGCUUCCUGCUGCCUCUCAGCUGGUUGGGGACUGGGAGAGAUGGGAGUUUGGAAUGGGACACCAGUUCCUUGAGCUUGUCAGUGUAAUUGUGUUUGAUUGAUGGAGAUUUAACAGUUAGUGUUAUAAAAAGAAACAAGCAAAAUGGAAAAAAAAAAAGAAAAAGAAAAAAAAUUGUAUUUCUUCUACUGGUUUGUAAAUAUUACAAGAGUUACAUGAGAUGUCUGGUAAUGUCCAAGCAGAGGAACAAAGACUUAGAUUUAAUAUAUGGCCCCAUACUUGCUAGCAGAUUUCUAACCCUUUUCAGAUGACCGAGAGGAGGGGUGAAGGCAAGUCUUUCUGAAAGGAACUGGACAGGGGAAAUGCAGCCACCCCGAGCCACAUGAACUCCAUGCAUGACUGUAGCAUGUUGCUUGGAGCGUGUGUCUGGUCAGAUGGAAAAUGAAGCAGACGCCUGUCUCUGAACGGCUGGGAAGGGCGACGUGGGACGCUCCAGCCGACACCUGUAUCUUGGCAGUUGUGUUCAUUUUUGUUUGUUUGCAGCCCCGCAGCUUGCGGGUAUGUUGCUCAGUGAUGCAGCCCCCUCCUCCCCCCUUCCCGCUUUCUUCACCAGUGAAGUUGUGUCGCCCCAUGCUAGCACCAAGUGCAUGUUAACGUGCCAUUCAUGAAGAUUUCAUUGGUGACAUGCAUUGUGUCGAGAGUUAGUCUUUGUCUGCACACCUUUCUCACGCCACUGACUGUUCACCGCUUGGGCAGAUCUCUCGUGUACUGCUGCUUGCCCCACUUUUGGUCAAAGUAUAGCCAAGCCCCACCAGCUCUUCUUAGCUCCAGGUGCAUCCAGAUCAUGCCCCCAAGCCACCUGUCUGAGCAACCCCAUUUUGAAAGUCCAAGCUCACAGCAUGGAUAAAGUCGCCGUCAAUAGCCACAUGGUCUCCAGGCUGAGUGGAAGCUGCACAUCUGGAAGGAAUUUGGGGGAGUAAACAGCGCGUCCUGAUGAUUAAAGAGCAUUUGGGGAAGAGGAUCUGGGAAGUUAGAGGAGCUACUUUUUAGAGUCCUUCACAGCCUCCUCACCAGGUGAUGUUUCAGCUCAAUCUUUGUGCAGUGCUCUACCACUUCGCCCCUCUCUGAUGAGGGAAUCUAUGGGCACAGGGAAACAGCUCUUCUCCUCCCAACCCCUCUCGCACCUCUGCUUCCUCUCCUCCAAGCACACUGACCCGCAGCCCAGAUCAUCAUGGUGCUUGAUGUGAUGUAGCAACUGACACCAAGGAUGGCUAACCAAGACAGUCCUACGGAGGAGAUGCUGGGGGAGGUGGGGGGUGAGCAGUUCUCUCUCUCUCCCCCCGGUGGUGCACAAUCUUACUGCUUCUCUGACUUGAGUACACAAAACUUCUUGAGUUAGGGAUGCCAGGAGCAAACUGUCCCAUGGAAGGAGCAGAACCUUAGGCAGGGAAAUGAUGGAGAAACUGGAUGGUCAUUGCCAAGAUGUGAUGCCGGUGGAAAUGGGUAGGGAUGAGUGCUGUCCAUCAUCCAUGCGCAGAACUCCCAGGUUCACCAGUGAGGAGACUGUGGCCUCUCAAUGCUAGUCUUAGAGCGGCUUCAUUUCCAGUGGGAUGCCCAGAAGACACUUUUUUUUUUUUUAACAACUGCAUGACUCCUGCUGACUAAGAGCUGUGUCACACCAUUAAAACCUCUUUCUCUUUUCCUUCUUGUAACUUGCUAGAACAAUGUUCAGGCAGCUCCUACAGUCCCCCAAAUUUUGCUUAAUGGUUGGCUCCUAUUAAGGCAAUAUGUGGUGUUUGCUUGUUGAUUCACUCGCUGUAACAGGAAAGCCGACAUCAGCUUGGUGAGGAUAUGUUGGUAUGAUCCUCUGUAUCUCUGUGUCUUGGAGCGAUGUGUGUGAGGCAAGGAGACCAGCCAAGGCAGGGCUUGGGAAAAGAGGAGCAGCUCUCCUAAUGAGCCCAGACAAGUGGCAAGCAAAGGGUCCUUCACUUGUUGCAGGCUCAGGUUAGCUGGUGCCACAGUGACUCAGCCUGCCCUGCAAACCUUGUAGAAGUGCCCAGAGAGCGGAGGAGGAAGGGGCAGUGCAAGUCAGGAGGACAUGACUGCAGCACGGGUGGUCGGGCUGCACGCAUGGCAGGGCUCCUUGGGCAGCACAGAGAUCACAUCCGAGAAGGGCCGUUCCCAGGCAGGGCAGGACCUUCCUUCCCUGCCCGUGCUCCCGGUGCAUCAGGCACUCGCCCCCCGGGGCGUGCACACCACGCUGCGACGGGUUUCCCUGAGCCAUGCGGUGUGAGACCGUGGUAGAUCCGGCCGUGCCCUGGGAACAGGCGUGUGGAUGUUUCCGUACAUAACAUACGGGCCACAGAUGGAGACAAGGAGCAAGACCGCCUAGGAGCCAGCCAGUGGGGAGAAUACCUCCCAGGUGAGGCUGUCCUUCUCCGAAAUGAUGACAUUUGCUCCCCAUUUCGGCCACGCACAGGCACACGCGCGCACCCCUGCAACCUCUACCGCACACAUGCUAGAGCAGUCCUCAUGGCUACCAUACAGGCGCUCUCCUUUCCCACGCCGUCCAUCACACACACAGCCAGACACGCGCUCCUCCACUUGCUCCCGGCGAUGGCUCUGUCCGCCCACACUGCUACGUGGUGACCUCCCGAGGAAACCAGGAGAAAGCACGCGUGUGUCUGCGCCUGCGCGUGCGGGAGCACACGCGUGUGCCAGGAAAGGGAGGAGAGGGGCAAAGAGCAGGAACCUGCCUCUGCGGUGCCACUGUCACCUCCCAAAGUCUUUCAGCUUUCCCAGCUGGAGCCAAGUUUCAUCCUCUAGACCUUGAGAAUGAAGGCCAGUCCCUUCUUCUUGCUACACGGUGGGGUGGUUAGAACUCUCCUCAUUAACAGUGUUAUAUACAUAUAAAUAUAUAUAUAUAUCUAUAUCUUUAUAUAUAUUUUUCCCCAGCACUGUAGACAUGAGCUGAAAUUCUCUUUAACGAAACGAGAAAACGGCCAUUUUAUUUUUUGCCAUUGGUUUGUUUUUGGAACUAGCUCUGUGAAAGAAAAUUUUAAAAGCGCAAGUGUGUGUGUAAAAGAACCGAUCAAAGAAACAAAACAACCCAACAAAUGAAUGAACAAAACCCAGUAAUGGAAAAAAAAAAAAAAGAAGCUUUUUAUUUUUUCUUUUCUCAAUGUAUUUAACUUCUGUUAUCUCGUUUCUGUUUCUUUACAUGUAUGAAUGCUCUGCUCUUCUGUGAUCUUAAAAAAAUACAAAAAAAUACAAAAAUUAAAUAAACGUGAAAAGGAA